CACCUUUUCAAGAGAAAUAACGACUCUUUUUUGAAAUCGGAAGCAUUUACAGGUUAUAUCCUCUUUUGCAUGGGGUACGAUUAAAAAUCGUAAAAAUAUUUGUAUUACGUAUUAGAGCAGUUUGAAAUUCCCGCUUAAAAUCGCGACUUUUACCACAUGCGCAUUUAUAAUUUGGCAUUCGCUUGGCAACGUUGGAACUCCGUAGGCCACUUGCAGUGUUUUGGACAUUUUGGAUAAAGGUUGACUUCUGUUUCGACAAUUUUGUCAUUAUUUUACUGUAAUUAUUGAGAAUGAGUGACGAUGACCGGGACAUCGAUAUCGAGAGUGAUGAGGGCGACGACUCCGAUUCGAGGCAAAGACAUUCUAACAACCAACAAUACUUUUCUCAGGCUGAGAAACGAGCCCAUCACAAUGCCCUUGAAAGGAAGCGUAGAGACCACAUUAAGGAUAGCUUUUCCAGUUUACGAGAUUCUGUACCAUCGCUGCAAAAUGAAAAAGUUGCCAGUAGGGCUCAGAUCCUUAAAAAGGCUGCGGAAUACAUCCAGUUUAUGCGUCGUAAGAAUAGCUCUCACCAGCAAGACAUUGAUGACUUGAAACGCCAGAAUAGUCUUCUCGAAUCUCAAACUGCCUUGUUUCAUGAAGUACGUACUUUGGAGAAAGCCAAAAUCACUGGCAAUUUCGCUGCUGAAUCCUGUGAAGUCUCCAAGUCUGAUUCUAUAGGAAUGGGUAACUAUAACGAAACCGAAUCAGAAUCAUCUGACAGCGAUACAGGCAAGACUAUACGCCACUCGAAAAAAUUAAAGACAAACAGUCUACAUUGAUUCACCAAGCAAUUUUAUCAAAUUUUCUCUUGUGUACUUGACUUGAAACUUUAUUUUGAUACAUCGAUCAACUUGUUGUAAGUAAUAUUAACAUACAUACAUAUAUCAUGUAAACAAGUGUAAGGUAGGUACUUAUUUAAAUAAAAAAAAAAAAAAUGUUAGAUUCAUUACCAACAAGAAAGAAAAGGAAUGAAUCAGCUCAGUUUGUUUUCAAGUGCUGAUAAAUGUUAAGUAUUGCUUUUUUACUCUUUGUCAGUGUCGAUUUAGAGAUUAGGCCUGAAUCGCGCAAUGAUCAGAAGUCGGUUAUUUAUCCGAUGUAUUUAGUACCUGUUCAUUCUUACCUGAGGAAAAGCGACAAGUAAUAAAACGUGUUCUUCUUUGAUGAAUCAUUUAUUUAAGUAAAUAAAUCUUCGAUUUAAUUUAACACCACAAAAGUAGUUAAAGAUCAUACACAAACAUAGUUUUAUAAUGAAGGGUAUUCAAAAGAAAUUUUUUGAAAGCAUACAUUUUAUAAAAUAGGAAGACAUUAGUAGAAUUUUUUUUAAAAUUCUAUACAUAAUAGAACCAAUCUUGUGCAAUCUUAACGAACAUGUUAUAAAAAUGUAAUUUUUUUUUAAAUUUGUAGUACUCCUAAAACUUGAAAAGUGAUUAGUAUACAUUUUUAAUAGUACGAAAAUAUAUCAAGACAAUAAUUACGUUUAAAAUUGCUUGCAUCUGCAAUUUGAUUUGUAAGCAACGUUAUUAUUAACUUGAAUAUUUUUUAACCAUUUUGUUCCUCCAUUCAAAGGUCAAAUACCUCAAGACUAUAUAAAGUACAUCCAUGAUUAUAAAUCGAUAUUAACAUGUUUACGAUCUUUGUGGCUCCUUAUAUUAUUAUUUAUGUUAGAUAAAAAUUUAUUGUAUGUAUAUACAAGAUGAUAGAAAAGUGAAAUUAUUUCGUAAUGUCAAAUUGGUCUCAUAGUAUUGGCAAAUGUAGUAAAUAAAAAUGAUUAUGCGUUCCUGCAUCAAUGAUUAGUAGAGGUUAUACUGCGUGCAGUCUGUACAAUAGUUUACUUUUCAUUGAAAAUCGAAAAAAAAUGGAGGUAAAGAGAAGUAUGUGAUAAAAUUAUACUCGAAUGUAUGUACAUAUUUAUUACCGACGCGAUCACUUGGAUUCUUCAAUAAAAGUUUUCGAUAAAAAAAUAAUUUCACUUUUUUAUCGCGCAUCAGUUAUGUAUGAGAUUAGUUCUCAUUGUUGAUAAUAUAAAAUCUUCCAAAAUUAAAAAACAAAUCUUGUAUAACGUUUGAAGAUUGAAAAUAAUUCUCUUGGUUUUGUUUUGGAAUUAAUAAAAUCAGCUAAAAAAAUUACGAUUAAGCUUGUCUCAUAGUUUUAAUUUCCUAAAUUAUAUUAUAUGUAACGUUCUUUUUGUAGAUUUUUAUAUUAGUACAUAAAUAUAAAAAUGUGUGUGUGAUGACGAUGUACAGUAAGAUAGUAAGCGCUUAAAAGUUAUAAUAAAAGGAAAAAAAUAACUGUAUUAUGUAUCUUAAAAGUAGAAUUUUUAAUAAACUCAAAACGUUGAA